UGUGGGCUAUAAUGUACUUGGGAUGGGUUUACCGUUGCCUAUUGUUUCUGAUGGGGCGUUAAUUGGUGUGGCACCCCGGAACUCUUCCUCAGUUCUGGAAGAUUGGCAAGGGAUUGGGAGUAAUAAAUGCUAUUGGAUCGAGACCCCUCAUCUCUCCUGCCUCUUCAAUCAUCCAAAGACUCUUAUUUUUGUUAUUUUAAUGUAAUGGUCGGUUCAUGUCCGUUACAUAAACUGGUGCCGUGACCUUUCAAGGAUUCUACUGAUCAUCCACAACUGAUCUCCGGGGUCCAGCUGCCUGCUGUGGAGGGUUCGAGUGACGCAGAUGGAUCUUGAAGUUGAUUGAGGUUUUUGCUUUUGGAGUAUACAGUGUCAUUUAAUUUCAACUGAUAUUGUUUUUCAUUGCUGAAAGGUUGAACAAAGUGACAUAAUUUGCCAUUCCUGAUUUAUGUUUGUUUAUGACUACUAUUUAGUAACUGAGUUUUUUUCAUUAUGGAUGGUGACAUGUUUAGCCUCUACUCUCACACUCCUGUAGCUGGUGCGGGUAGGGGCAGGGGCAUUUUUUCACUGAGGGGAGGGGAAGUUAAACAGUUAGCUUUCACUGACGCUUUGGGGGCGAAUAACACCAUGACUACACACCCAGUAGGGUCCACUUAUGUCAUCCCAACACCACAGCCACAUGUUAGUGAUGGGGAAGGGGAUUUGACGGCACAGGCAGGAAUGUCCACUGGGGGCCCCACAUCCUCCACGCCCAUUUCACCUCCCAGUGGCAAUGACCCCUCAGCUGAGCUCCGUGAUCUAAUUACUGAAUUGGGGAAUCGGAUUGGGGAUUCAAUAGCCAGUCGGCUUCUCACCACAACUCAGCCCCUCUCACCAUCAUGUGAUCCAGCUCCCCCUGUGGCGACAGACAGAAACGAGCAAUCCAGUAACAUCAGUGGUACUCUUGAUCUCACCAAAGUCAACGUGGUAGUCAAGCCAGAUGUUCGUGAGCCUGCCGUGUUCAGAGGGGAGGGGACAGAUAAAUGCACUGUGCAGGAGUGGAUAGAGUUGAUGGAAGUGUAUUUGCGAAAAAAGAAAUGCCCCACUUCAGAUCAAGUUGAAGAGAUCCUAAGUCAUUUAAUGGGGAGGGCCAAGAAAAUAGUGAAAGUGGGUUUGAAGAGUAGCCCAAACAGUGCAGCUCAACCAGACAUGAUCUAUGAUAUCCUACGCCGAUAUUUCAGUGAGUCCCCUGUGUCGUGCUUACCACUGGCUGACUUUUAUGCCACCCAACCCAGUGCGGGCGAGAAUCCAGUCGAUUAUUGGGUGCGGUUGAAUACAGCAGCGGAGCAGGCAGAUCGUCACCUGAGAAAAGAGGGUAGGAAAUUAGAGAACAUGAGUGCUGAAAUCUCUAUGAUGUUCAUUAGGAACUGCAGUGAUCCUGAAUUGUCCAGUGGUUUCAAGAGCAAGCCCAUGAGCAAGUGGACUUCGACAGAGGUGCAAGAAGCGAUAGAUGAAUAUCAGAGGGAGUUCUUGUCCAAGAGAAAGUCAGGGGAAGUCAAACCACUUAAAGUGACGGCGGCUGUCGCUCACUCCAUGCCAGAUGUGAAAGAGGUGGUGACUGCUCGCGAGCCUAGUUCGCCUAGCCCAUCCAGACCCAGCGAGUCCUCCAGUGCGGAGGGGGGUGCGUUCGAGCGUGUCCUGUGUAUGCUGGAGAGGGUACUGGAGAAGACGAACCAGGCUGCUCCACCGGGCGUCACACAACCGGGUGUCACACAACCUGGUCAGUGGGUUCGAGUCUCCCCCUGCCGUGUCUGUGGUGACAGUGGGCACUCCACAAGAUCGCACUGCAUGAGAGAAAAGAGGUGCCUUGCUUGCUUCGAAAUUGGACAUCAGAAAAAGGAUUGCACAAAGCGCAGGGCAGCUAUGCCCAACACCACUGCGCCGGCCCAGGGAAACUUAGCCACCCGCAUGUGAGAGGGGACAGUGUGGGUGCCUU